CCCGCUCUGAUUCUGCGCAUAGGCAGCCCCCAAGCCUGUCAUUCUGCAAAAACACAGUUUACUCAACACACCACACACACUCACACACGCGCGCACACACGCGCACACUGGUCCCCGCGCGCACACGCACGGAGGGCGCGAGCGAGCAGACGCGCACACCCGGCGAGCCAAGUUCCGCAGCCUGGCAUGGCUUCUGGGGACCUUUACGAGGUUGAAAGGAUUGUAGACAAGAGGAAGAACAAGAAAGGAAAAUGGGAGUAUCUUAUCCGGUGGAAAGGCUAUGGGAGCACAGAGGACACGUGGGAGCCAGAGCACCACCUCUUGCACUGUGAGGAGUUUAUCGAUGAGUUCAACGGGCUGCACUUAUCCAAAGAUAAGAGGAUCAAGUCGGGGAAGCAGCCCAGUGCCUCCAAGCUCCUUGGAGGCCGGGAUGGCCGUGGCCCAUCGGUUGAGAAACUCUCCCACAGACCUUCGGAAUCUGGAAAGAGCAAGGCCACCUCUCAUAAACGGAAGCGAAUUAACCCUCCCCUCUCCAAGCUGAAAAAAGGGUAUUCAGGCAAGCCCCCAGCGGGAGGCGACCGUGCCGCCAAGACGGUGUCCUACCGGACUACCCCCAGCGGUUUGCAAAUCAUCCCACUCAAAAAGGCCCAGAACGGGGUGGAAAACGGGGACGCCAGCUCCGAGAAGGAUGAGAGGCACUUUGGAAACGGGUCCCACCAGCCUGGUUUGGAUUUGAAUGACCAUGUUGGAGAGCAGGAUGUGGCCGAAUGUGACGAGAACCAUGCCGCGCUGGCAGAGAACGGGCUCGGCUCUGCGCUGACUAACGGGGGACUGAACCUGCACAGCCCCGUGAAGCGGAAGCUGGAAGCAGAGAAGGACUAUGUCUUUGACAAGAGGCUCAGGUACAGCGUCCGCCAGAACGAAAGCAACUGUCGGUUUCGAGACAUUGUCGUGCGGAAGGAAGAGGGGUUCACGCACAUCCUGCUGUCCAGUCAGACCUCGGAUAACAACGCACUGACCCCCGAGAUCAUGAAAGAAGUCCGCCGCGCGCUCUGCAACGCAGCCACAGAUGACAGCAAGCUGCUGCUGCUCAGUGCGGUGGGCAGCGUGUUCUGCAGCGGCCUAGAUUACUCCUACCUACUGGGCCGGCUGUCCAGCGACCGGCGGAAGGAGAGCACGCGGAUCGCGGAAGCCAUCAGGGACUUUGUGAAGGCCUUUAUCCAGUUUAAGAAGCCCAUCGUGGUGGCCAUCAAUGGGCCAGCCCUGGGCCUGGGCGCCUCCAUCCUUCCCCUCUGUGACAUCGUGUGGGCCAGCGAGAAGGCCUGGUUCCAGACACCGUACGCCACCAUCCGCCUCACGCCUGCUGGCUGCUCCUCCUACACCUUCCCCCAGAUCCUGGGCGUUGCACUGGCCAACGAGAUGCUGUUCUGUGGGCGGAAGCUCACUGCCCAGGAGGCCUGCAGCAGGGGGCUGGUGUCCCAGGUCUUCUGGCCCACCACUUUCAGCCAGGAGGUCAUGCUGCGGGUCAAGGAGAUGGCAUCCUGCAGUGCCGUGGUGUUGGAAGAAUCCAAAUGCUUGGUUCGGAGCUUCCUGAAGUCGGUGCUUGAGGAUGUGAACGAGAAGGAAUGCCUCAUGCUCAAGCAGCUCUGGAGCUCCUCCAAGGGCCUGGAUUCCCUGUUCAGCUACCUACAGGACAAAAUUUACGAAGUCUGAAGGGCCCCGGCUCCUCCGCCCCAGUGCCCAGGGGCCCCUGACUUCCAGCUCUGCCCUGUGUUUCGGAACUCGGAGCAUGUGUCUGCCCCGGCCAAGGAGUUUGUCAAGGUGUCUUUAUGCCUAGGGUUGUGUCCAUUUCCUCGUGUCCUUUGGUUCCUUCUCAUCGGUUUGAUUUUAUGUGUAACAGAUGGGAAACGCAGCAGACUUGGCCUCCCCGCUCCCCGCCCCACCUGGCCAGAGAGCUCACGAGAGCUGUAUCUUCCCAGGGCUCUGCCGGGCACGGCUGUCCUUGCCCCACUUGCUGAAAUGCGCCGUCAUGGUCCAGGGAGGGGAAGGCCACUCCCUCUCGCUUCUGGCUCAGGCUGUGUCUACACAGUGCCUCUGAUUUGGAGACGUGGCUGUCAUGGCUCUUUUUGGUGAUGUUUAGAUCAGGUGUUAGGGGAUGGUCAAUCUUAGGGAAUGUCCAGGCCAAUGAACAAACCGGUGGUGUCCACCCAGCUUCAGUCUCCUCUCUGAUGCAGACCUGUGUGACCAUUAGGGCUUGGUCUUCAAAACCCAGUUGAGUGAUUUACAAACCCAGAUAUUGUACAUUUAGAAAUGUUUUGUUAAAUAUAUAUUUUUAAAACAAUGUAAGUGGAAAUUCUGAUAAUUUAUGUGUACUAUAUGUAAAGCUAGUUUUGCAAAAAUAGUGAACUACUAGGAAAAGUGUCUUUUCUUUAAUCGGACUUAUUUUAUUUAUUUAUUUUUGUUUAUAUAUUGUGAUAUCUGUUGUUUGCACAGAUUAACUAUUUUCAUACUGCCCUGGACCAAAUCCCGUGCAAGGUUCACGUUGCCUGGUGCAUCCUGGCAGUGAACCACCUAGAAGUCAAAUUCAGGGAGAUGAGACGGACGGACUUCUGUGGAUGAAAGGAAUGGCUCCCCCCCAAAUCCUCUGUGUGUGGAAUGGUUCUCAGCUGUAAUGAUACAAGUUCUUUAGGCUUGAUCCUUAGGGGAGAUCACCAGAGAGUUUUUUCUUCACUCUGUUGUCUUUAAGGCGAUAAAGGCCUUCUCAGCCUGAAUGGUCCUGAAACAGACCCUGUCCCUAAUUGUGUGACCGUCAGGAAUGGGUGGGGGGUAGGCCCUCCCUGGGAACAGCAUAUUGUCUAGAGGAAGGCCUUCCUUUGAGACAAAUGACUACACUCACAUUUGAGGGUUCAUUUCUUCCACGUGGUUGGCGAUUUCUGUUUUUGGCCUUCCAUCGAGGUGGGCAGAGUCUCUGCUCUGCUGAGCUGUCUGCAGAGGGUCUGGAAGCCUGAAUGACCCAUCUUUUUUUUAGUUGUUUACCGAUGGGAAGGAGCAGUGACCAGGGGGGAUGUCUCCUUGCCCUGGUGCCCCUGGGCUGCAGCUCGCUUUAGACUGUCAGUCUCAAGUCCUUGGAUCAGCUUUGGACAGCCAAGGAUUUUGGCUGUGGUUUUGGUUUGAGGAGGAAAGGAGACGUGUCAAGGCUAGAACAGAAAUGGAAGAGGCGUGUCCCAUGUGAGGCUCAAACCCGCUAUGGGUCCAGCACCCAGAGAUUCCUGCAACAGUGGACUUUUCCACUUCUAGCACAACCUCUGAGUAUUCCCAGAAACUCUUUGCUCUCCUGGUCUUCUCGUUUCCUGUUAGGUGUCAGCCUCCCUUGGCCCUUCCUCAGAGAGAGAGGGGAGUGAGGCAGCAAGGGGUGGGCACAGCGGAGAUGGGGUGGGCUGUGAGGAAGGCCCAUCAUAGUUAUAGUUCUCUCUCUGGUCUUUUAUCUUCUUCUGCGGGUGGCCAGGUGCACCGGGCAGGGCAGAUGGAGAGAAUUCCUAGCCCUGAGUUGGAAAGAACAGGUUGAAUAUUGACCCUGGAGUUCCUUUUGCCCGAAAUGCUUAGACAAACUUUGGUCCUGUGUAUGUGGCAGAUACUCUGCUGUUAAAUACUCUAUAGAAAGAGCCCCUUUUUCUGUUGAGCUUCUGGUUGGGGACAGUUCUGUUCGACAUCUGCAGCCGUGGGGUCAGGAUUCUAGCUGGAGAUGGAAGAAGGUGUUUUAGGAACUCCUUCUGAUCAAUGUUCACCUUUGUUCCUGGCCAAAAGAACCAGAAAUAUUUUAGCUUUGGACGUAUCAUCAAAUCUAAACCUCUGACCAUUUCAAAGAUCUCUGAUGUCUAAGUUAGGAAUGUGAAGCCAUUUCUGAGGUGGAAUUCAUGCCAUUAAUGUGUAAGUUCUGGGUACAAUGGGGGGCAUUAUAAAAGACAGUCUGUGUUUUGAUUAUCUGCAUAUAGUCAGUUCAAUAAGGGUAUCCCACCACUUGGGGAAAAGCAAGUGAAAUCUAUUUGCUACAGGGUAGACUGAACCACCUAAUUUUCCACUUUCUGGAUAGUUGUUCUGACAAUGUAUAGAUGCAGUCCAGCUAACUCACAGCACAUCCAUGUGGGAUGGAAAAAAAUAGACCAGUGGUCGUGUCAAGGUUGAUCCCAUAGCUUCUUGAGGAUAAGGCUGAGACUUUCACUUCGGUACACUCUUCUCUACCCUGGUCUAUUCCCACCCCAUUUAUCACUCUCGGAGCCUGGGAAGGUCUUUGAGGAAUUGUGGCUGGUCUUGGCAACCCCAAUCCCAGAAUUACCUCUGGGUUCGGACAGUUCUGGGUGGGAAAUUGAGGGCACCUCUUUCAUCCAGGACCCUCCUGGCAGCCUCCUCCCAUCCUGUUAGCCAUGCAUGAGAACUCUUCUUCUCUUUUGGCCUCAACUCCUAAGGAUGCUUCACUGCCAAUGUCUUUACUGAAACUGUCAGAGUUAACAGCUCUGCUCUGAGAACUUUUUGGAGAACUUCUGUUAAGGUGGUCAGACCUCCUGGCCACUUGGAAGCCACAGCCUAAUUAAUAAUACACUCAACACGUCCUGCCGAGCGUAGAAAUAACGUCUGAGGGUAAAAACUAUACAAAUGACUUGCUCAGAACGAAACUGGAUAACUAUGAGAUGGUAGUUUAAAAUUGAUUUACAAUGUUUUUCUUGUUUGGUAUAGAUUAAACUAGGAAAUGUUCUCUCUGAAGCAUGAAACUCUAUUCUUCCCCUAUGAAGUUUAGUACAAGAAUGGAGGAUUAAUAAUCACAAUAGACUUUGAACAAUGCAACUGUAUUUCUGAAUAUCCACAUUUAAAAAUAGCCUCGACUGAAUGCUGAAUUGCAUUUCCCAUUAUUAAUUGUCGGUUUAAAAAAUUUUGUAAACUUUUUUUAAUUUGCAAUUUAGUCACAUCCAUGAAAUUUUCCAAUCUCGUUUCUGUGGGAAUUUUUUAACAAAUGAGAAACAAAACAGAAAUGUCUUCAAAUCUUCUUAAGUGAGUAUUUAAAAUGCAGAAUUGCUUCUCUUUUGUGUUUUCUGUAUUCUGAUACUUAGAUCCAUUGUAUAUAUUCGUCUAGGCACACUCACUAAUAUACACAGUAUUUAAGACUCUAAAUGAGAUUUCUUAAGUAUUUUGUUUUAUUCUCUGUAAAUGGUUUUGUAUAAUCUUUAAAAAUCUAUACUUUGCCUUUGUAGAUAUUUAAGGGAAACCAUUUGGGGAUGUCUUGCAUGUAUAUUUUUGUUGUAGAUAAGUGUUGCUUAGUUAUUUCUUCAGAUUUUGGUUGAAAUGCUUACAUACUUUAAUACAGUAUCUAUUUUCAGAAUAUAAACUUUUAUAUUUCUGUGAUAAGUUAGGAUAUGCGUUUUAGGCAAUCUUUUCCAUUAACAUCACUUGUUUCAAAAAAUUGCAUACUAGUUUGGUGCCAAUUUUUUUUCUUCAUUAGAAUCUAAUGCUCUUAUCUUAUUAGAGAGCAGGUUGAUUUUCUCUUUCUUGAAGUAACUGAGUUUGAAGUAUAAUUUGAAAAUGUGUUGAGUUUGUGAAUAAGCCUUACCAUUAGAAUCAGUAAAUUUCCCAAACUUUGCAACUACACAACUACAUGUGUAGGUUAAGAUCUCCCCAUAAAUUCUCACCGUGUGGCAGUUGGUGGAGUUUGUGAACAGAGCCUUAAGCUUGUUGCAAAAAAAAAAAAAAAAGGGUAAUACGGGUUGUUUCCUCCGUAAUUCGUGGCUAACCUGAAGAGUUUGGUUGAGUUGAUGGCGGCAGGGACCAGAUACACAUCUUGGUGAUUGUCUUUGGCUCUAGGAAUGGACCAAGGACAGGUUUUCUGGAGCCACCUUCAUAUUAGUCACAUGGUUUAGACACAGUUAUAGGGAAGGCUGCUGGCCCAUCAUUUGUUUUGAACAGAUGGCAUUUCCCACUCCUUCUCCUGGCAGCUGGGGUCAGCACUCCUUGCGAGAUGCUAACAAAGUUUACAUACACGUCUUACUGUGUAGACAAUCUGAAGUCGAUUUUAGUUACACCAUCGGCAUUCCCAUGCAUCAGGGUCUCAACACUGAUGUGAGACCCAUGUGUGUGUGUCAAGCCAUCCUGAACUGCAGUUUAGCAGGGCCAAGGAAAAGUAGCUGCAAGGCGUACAUAUCAGCUGAGUCAGUCUACCCAGGGCUCUUUUAACAGAGCAUAAGUCACAGAGCUCAUCUGCACUGGACCCACUGUGUCUGGGAUCUAAUAAUACCAACUAGAAUUUAUAUCGAAACUUUAUAAAUUAUGAUUCCUUUUCGUUCAUGCUUUAGUAGUCCAGGGCUAUAGUAUGGCUAAAGUCAAGUUAUUUGGUCCAUCCCUAGUAAGUGCGUAUAAAGUCAGCUCAUCAGCCCCGAGGAUGGAUAUCAGCUUCACGCUUUUGCUGUAUGUAUGACGGUCAGGAAAUCCUUAUCUCGUUAGAGCUGCAGCUCCGCUGGGUUGACCUUACCUCAUUGACCCAUCUUCUUGCCUGUUGUUGGAGCUCAUCAAGGUGACCCUGAGAAGUUUAGAAGGUGUAGAAUUUUCCAUCUCAUAUUUAACUUGUCCCUGUGCCAUUAGCCCCAGCAUUUGAAGUCCUUUGCCAUGUCUGCGUGUUGACAGGAUUGUGACAAUAUUGCCUUUCAUAAAACCAAGGACCAAAGAAUUCCAUUAUUCCAGUGAAGCAUGAGUUUCCUAGACCAUGGGCAUGUCUACAUGGAGAUGUGCAUGCUGGAUGGUGCAGAGAAACUGCUCACUUCCACCAACCUCAUGCUCCCCCUGGCUGGCCGUGCAGAGGGGUAUUAGUUGUCCCAUUGAGAAGGCUCUGAAAGAUGAGUUUCUUGGUUGAAACUCACUAUCUCAGGUGGAUAUUUCUGCUAUGUAGUCCCAAGCCUUUAUCCAUGUCAUAAAAAGGGGAGGUCUGGCAUUCCUCCAGGUUAUCUGCCCAAUGUAGACCCUUCCAUCUGAAUAUGAACCUCCAGCAUGUAUUUUUCAGAGACAUGAACACAGAACAGCAGAAUCCUGUAAUUGCCAAAUUUCUGCCUCUUACUCUUCUACUACAUCAACCCAUUUCAAUUCCUGUUGGGUAUGAGAAGCAUUUUUUUCAACGCUCAUACGAGGUGAUGCUCCAUUCUCAUUCAUGAUGAAAUCAUUGAUUCUUUAACCAGCGGAGACAUGGCUGAUGCUGAAAAAGUGGUGUUCUUGUGGUAAGGCUUAUUACCAAACUUCUAUAAGGAAGCAGGCUACCAAAAACUUAAUCCAGCCUAUCCUAGGAGUGUUUGGAUUUGACCAUGGAUGUAGCACACACACCAAAACUCCCCAAGACCUUUGCAAAAAUUAGGCUACUUGUUUUAUUUUGCCAGAUUAUCACGGGAGAGACUUUCACUAGUUCUGAACAUUUGUAAGUAUGAGUACUUCAUAGGAUUAUAAAGCAGGUGACCCUUUCUCACGUUGUAAAUAUUUCCCAAGACUGGGUGCAGUAUCGAGGGAUAAUAAUCUUCUGAUUCAUCAAAUGCUGACUGUCUAGAGCAAAUUGUACACUCUCUUUGUGAAUGGUCCUGUAACAUGUAUGAACACAUUUCUGGGUGCCUUAGAAGUUGUAUUUUUCAUGUGUGCUAAUACGCAGUAUUUAUACAUUGUGAGAAGCUGCUUUGAAUAAAAAGGUUGAAACUUCGUCU